AUGACCGCAGAAAAACCCCUCCUCGUCGUCCUUGGUGCCACAGGCAACCAAGGAGGCUCAGUCAUUUCCCACUUCCUCUCCCAAUCCCCAUCACCUUACAAACUGCGUGGCGUCACUCGCAACCCGUCUUCCCCAAAUUCCAUCCGUCUCGUAUCCCGUGGAGUCGAAAUGGUCGCCGGCGAGUUUGACGACCCCUCUUCUCUGGACGCUGCCUUUCAAGGCGCCACAGCAAUCUUUAGCGUGACUGAUUUCUGGCAAUCCUUCAAAAAUCCUGCGUUACGCGAGAUUGCUUCAGCUUCUGGACAGAAAAUCAGUAUUCUAAGUCGUGACAACGAAGCGCAACAGAAUCGAAACAUUAUUGAUGCAGCUGCUAAGGUGGACACACUUGAGAGGUUUGUCUACUCCAGCUUGCCGAAUACGAGUAAGCUGAGUGGGGGGAAAUAUUCUCAUGUUUACCAUUUUGAUGGGAAAGCGAUUGCGGAGGAAUACGGUCGAUCUACUCAUCCAAAGCUUUGGGAGAAGACAAAUGUGCUUUAUGUCGGCUAUUAUCUGGAGAACUAUUUUGAUGCUGCAGGAGGGAUCUUUCGGCCUAAAUUGAGCAAGGAUAAAAGUACGCUGAUCUUAUCAGUCGCAGCACCCCUGGCCACAUCGCCUUUGCCUAUGUAUUCAUCGAUCGAUGACACAGGCCUCCUUGUAGACGCCCUCCUUCAAGCAUCGCCUGGACACAAAAUAAUUGGCGCCAAGCAGUGGCUUGAUCUACAGGGAUUUACAAAAGUUCUAGGUCAAGUUCUCGGUAAGAACGUCGAGUCCAUUGAGGAAAGUCCUAGUUUCGAGUCGUUGGGAGAUCCCGACUUGAUUGAGGAUCUUACAGAUAUGAUGGGUUGGUGUGUAGAGUUUGGGUUUGAUGGAGGGAAGGUUGAUAAUAGUGUUCUUCAACAAAGUGAUUUGGGCGUGCCAGUGCUAUUGCAGUCUGUGGAGGACUGGUGUAGGAAGCAGGAUUGGGAGAAGUGGUUGGAGGUUGUUGAGUGA